AUGAAAUGUGUGGUUUCUUCAUCAUCGUUUCAAUAUUUCUCAUGUCCAAUCCGUUUAAUAGAAGAACUUCCUAUUAAUCAUCCAUAUCAUUCAUUAGUCAUUCAAACAUUACAGACAUUUCAUAAUAAAUAUGAUGGAUGUUCAUGUAAAACAUUAUUAUUUUUUUUAACAACAUAUUUUAAUUAUUUUCAUUUACUAUUCGAUAAAAAUAAUCAUUUAUAUCAAAAAAAAAUUUUCAAUUAUUUAGAACAAUUUAUUGGCCAAUCAAAAUUAAUUGCGGAGGAAAGAUUUAGUGAAAAUUUCUAUAUUAAUUCCAAUAUUAUUUUACGUAUUUGUCGUUAUCAAACAAUUUAUUCUGAUAGUCUCUAUCAAGCUUACUUAUAUUUUCAUUCCUUAAAUCAACAAAUAUCUCAUAAAGAAUUAUUAACACAUUUUAAUAACCUCAAUCAUUUAACACGUGUCAAAUAUUUCGAAGAAAAAUGCUUAUUUAUUCCAGGUACACUACUUCAAAUAAAUCAAUCAAUUCAAGGAUAUCGACGAACAAUAUUAAUUGAUGGACAUCUUUUAGAAGACUAUGUACAUAUCGGUUAUAAUAAUAAAAUAAAAUUAAAACAAAUCUCAACAAAAUCUUCUUGGAUGUAUUUAAUUCUAUCAAUAUUAAAAGAAUAUUCCAUUGAAAUUAUUAUAUGUUCGGGUACAGUUGAUCAAAAAUUAAAAGAAUGUAAUGAUAAAAUUUUUAUUGAAAAUAUACCCGUUAAAACUCUUCGAUUACUUGGACAAAAUUCGCUAUUAACUUAUAUAACUGAUUUAAAUCAAGAACAUAUUUUAUCACUAAAUUAUAUUGAAUUUCCUGAUGAUCCUUCAUUAACAAUUAUUGAAAAGGGUUCGACGAUACUUCAAUAUGUACCAUUAGAAAGUUUAAUUAAUAUAAAACAUGAACAAUUUCUUCAUUGUUUAUCUAGAUUUCGACAUAUACUUCGUAAGAAUAUUUAUUUAAAUGGUUCAAGUGAAUUUGAAAAUCAAUUAUAUAAAUAUUGGUAUGAUAAACGAGAGAAUAAUAAUAAUUCAUUUGAGAAUAAUCUAGCAUAUGAUUGUUUUCUUGAAUGUUUACAAAUAUUUAUAAAAGAAAUAAAAAAUCAUCAUGAAUAUUUUGAAAAAAAUCUUAUUGAUGAUUUUGAUUCGAAAUUUGAUGCUUGGAAAACAAGUAUUGAAUUAUUAAAAAUAUUAAUGCAAAUUGAUAAUAUUGUAAAAAUUGUUACGAAUGAAGAUUUAAGUGAUAUCUAA